AAAUUUGUUUAUAAACGCCUUAUUCAUAAAAUAAAACGGGUGUUCGUGUUCUUACGGUUCUGGAGAAAAUAUUAAACAAAGAAACUGUAAACAUACAGUACCAUGUUUUUCCGAUAAUCGGAUUUUAGAAUCUAUUUUACGUUAACUAUAUACCUAAAUGGACAAAAUCCCAUCGCAGCUACUAGCCAGUAUUGAAAGUAACGCACAGCCACCAUUGAUUUUCAAUUCGAACAUUGAGAACGACUUACCAUUAAUUAUGGCAGCUCUCGAACAGAAUUUGAACUUCAAAGAGGAGCAUUCCGACAGUCGUCGCGAUUCAGAAGAUAACGCAACAGAUGACGAGGAUGAAGAUUCUCCCGGAUGCAACUCGUCACCAAGCAACCGAGUACAACGUCGGAGAUCUCUUCGCUCUAAAUCAGUGGAUAGCAAAUUACACAAAAUUAAACGGCGAACUAUCACGAAACCAUCGCGACUACCGAUUAACCUUAAUGCAUCGGAAAACGAAAUCCGGAAUUACUACAUGAUUAACACCAAGAGAGUCGACCUUAAACCAACCAAUCUCGAAACGAUUUUUGAGGAAGGCUCGCCUUCAGUAGCAAAGGCGAAAUUUUUCGGUAUUCGUAAAGUUCGGCGAAGCCUGAACUGUUGCGAUGGAUUCAACGUUAACAAAACCACUACGAAGGCCAGAAAAAAUCGUGUCCGAAAGCUUCUCGGUGGUGGACCGAAGCUGACCAAGAUGACCAUGGAUACAUUUUUAGAGCGUCUGAAAUCAAUGCAGAACGACAGUGAUGAUGAUACGGGACCAGCUGCCGAUCCGAGAUUGAAUCAAACGGUGUGAUUGUGGCUGAUAUCCUGGCAAUUCGCAAACAUACACUACAGGGGGAUCUCUCAAUUUGUCGACUGAACUAACGGAAUACACCAAGCUGCGUUCACAGUUUCGCAUCAUAGGCUCAACCAUUUGCAUUUGUCGAAAAGUAAAAUAAAUUCUUACAUUUUAAUAUUUAA